GUGCAGUUGUGUAAAUGGAGCUGAACUAAGUGUAAACAGGGCUUUUGCAAGAUGCGGUAUAAUUUGUUUGUCAGUGCCUUGAAACUGCUAAAUAGCACAAAAAAUCACAAUUUAUUGGUUGUGAACGUGCGCAGUUUGACCGGCGCAGCCCAGACCAGUGAUGCAGUUGCUCCGGCCACGCGUCUGCCGCCAGUGGAAGCCGAAAAUCCCGGAGAGGAGCAACGAUCGCUGCACGUCGCCGUAAUUGGAGUGCCAAAUGUGGGCAAGAGCACGUUCAUCAACAACACGGUGAACCACCGAGUGUGUCCCACCUCGGCCAAGGUGCACACCACUCGUAAGUCGAGCUCGGCCAUCUGCACCACCGGCCAGACGCAGUUGGUCUUCUACGACACUCCGGGUCUGGUGACCCAGCACGAGAUCCGUAAACACCACCUGGACCAGAACUUCAAGAGCGCCUACCGCCAUGCCAUCCAGCAUGCGGACAUCAUUGCAGUUGUUCACGAUGCCUCAAACGGAUGGACGCGCAAGGAGCUGCAUCCCACGGUCCUGGACACGCUGAAGGCCUACAGCAACCUGCCCAGCUUCCUGGUCCUCAACAAGAUUGACGCUCUGAAGUCGAAGCGCACGCUCCUGGACCUCAUCAAGACCCUGACCAAUGACACGCUGACCGCGGGAAAGCGAGGAGCUGCCAGAAACACUGUGGUGGAUCCGCUGGCCAAGGAAGUACGACUCAACAAGCGGGAGACCACUUGGAGCCACUUCAGCGACGUGUUCCUCGUCUCCGCCUUGACGGGCAGCGGCCUGCCGGAGCUUCAGAACUACCUGGUGGGCCAGGCCAAGCCCAGAGCUUGGAAAUACCCAGCCGACAAGCGCACCGACUCCAGUCCGGAGGCCCAGAUUGUGGAGAGCGUGAGAGCCCGCCUGCUGGACUACUUGCCGCAAGAGAUUCCCUACAAUCUCAAGUGCGAUCUGGAGUACUACAGCGUGGAGAAGAAUGUGAUUUACACCUCCGUGCAAGUGCAGUGCCCCACGACGCGAAUUGAGCGCCUGAUUUGCGGCGAGGGCAACGGCAAGUUGCGCCAAAUCACGGAAAGGGUGACCUCCGACCUGGUGGAGAUGUUUGGCCAGGCGGUGUCCCUUACCAUCUCCACGGUGUCGAAGGGCAAGAAGACCGCCUCCUAAACAGAUGUUGAUUAUUUGUACUUUAUUUGUAACGUUGCAUAAACCUAAGAGUUCACAAAAGCUUCAAA